CAGACGGCGUUAGCAAACAAUAUGACACGACUGCUGCCACGACUAAAGGAUCUUUAUCUACAAUGCUCGUUAUUUUGUGACUCUGCUCCUCGUUUUCUAGGGAGGGAGUUUCAUGUUCAGACGCCAGCUCAGAAGAAAGGCAAGCUAGAAAUAAGGAUUAAUGUCGAUAUUAGUGAUAUGUCGAGGGCUUGUUGACAUUACCUAUGCUAGCUUGCCUAGCAUUUUAAAACCGAGCGAUUUGGCUUUCGGCUGAUUGCAGUACACAUUACAUGUGAACGAGUACAUCCAACUAACACCACCUCGGCUUUGUUGAGUUGCAAUGCAAGUUGCAGAUGCUGUCUCUCCAUCAAAGAGACAAAGGACUGAAGCAAACCCUGCAGAAGAGAGACCUGUCCUCAGAUUUGCAAAGCUGUCUGAGCAUGCAACGACACCAACAAGGGGCUCAGCUAAAGCAGCAGGAUAUGACCUCUACAGUGCAUAUGACUACUCCAUUGGCCCUCUUGACAAGGCCAUUGUGAAGACAGACAUUCAGAUUGCGGUUCCACAUGGCUGCUAUGGUAGAGUGGCACCAAGAUCUGGACUGGCAGCUAAAAACUUCAUUGACGUUGGUGCUGGAGUUGUAGAUGAAGACUACAGAGGAAAUGUGGGAGUUGUGCUCUUCAACUUUGGCAAGGAAACAUUUGAAGUGAAAAAAGGUGACAGGGUUGCUCAACUGGUGUGUGAGAAGAUCUGCUACCCGGAUCUGGAGGAGCUUGAGUCACUCGAUGAGACUGAGCGUGGUGCUGGAGGCUUUGGAUCAACUGGACGCAACUAAAAGCUGCUAAAAUCCAUGAAGUGAUGCUGUAUAUGGUAAAAUGUAAAGAUAUGUUUCUAAUAAAGGUUAUUGUUUUGUACUUUUGGAUCUGGAGUCUUUACUGAGCCUUUCUUAAAGCUCAAAAAUAAAGACUGUUACAACAUG